AUGGCGUCGGCGGAAGGUUACGAGGCGUGCUGUCGUCUUGCUGAUGACCUAGAGCAACAUUGGUCAGAGGACGAAGACCUGAACCGCACGCACGCAGCCAUAAUCUCAAGCUUGAAGUCAGCCAGCGAUCAUCCGAAAGAUGGUGCGCAACAGAUCAUUGCACUCACGCCCACUCUCGCACGCCAUGUGGAAGUUAUACUCCAAAAAGGACGGCCAGAUGGAUUUCAGAGUGCCAUCCUCGGUACCCUGGCAGAUGCAACCCGCGAAGCACAAAUCUGGCGACCUGUGUUUGGCCUGUCACAGAGGCCUGACCGCGCCAUGAACCUGAAGCAGAUGGACAGAGAGACUCCACCGGACUCAAUCCUCGAAGUGGCCAGACGAAUCGUUGCGGGGACGAUUCGGGCCACGUCAAGCAGACAGAUGAGGCCCGCACUUCGGAUAAUAGCCAACUGUUGUGCAGAUAACAACGUCAACCGGAGCAGCUUCAUCGGCCGAGAUGGGAUAGAAGCACUGCUCGAACUUCUCAGACUCAGGAAAGACUGCGAUCUCGUGAUACCCGUCCUCUACAAUGUCUGCGUCGAUUUCGAUGAACCGGCAACAGACGUGCACGGCAAGCCCUGGGAUCCCCUCCCGCAGAUGCAAGCAGCCAGUGGCGAGAGCGAAACCUCCUCUGCCACAACACUGAGUAUGGCGGAGCAGAGACUGGGAACGUACUGGUUCCCGUACGAGAACAAGACAUCCUUCCAGAUCCUCCUGGACGCCCGGGAGCAGGCAGAGGAUUGUGCUGGGACGCUUGCGGACCUGGUCGAGAUGGCCAGCCGUGUCGCGUUGUAUGGCACGCAGAACUUUGUUCAAGAGCACGACGGGAACGAGCCAGGCGACAUCAUCGAGGUGGACACGACCGCCGACAUAGUCCAUUUACUCCUGUCGCAUGGUGCCGACCUCGCAGACGAGGACAUCGAGUGCCGCGUCUCUACAUGUCAGGCGGUGCUCAACCUUCUUUCUCAACAAGACACCCACACUACCGUGAUCAGCAGUGACAACGCCGUCCGCAAGUUGAUCCACUUACCUUACUCACCCACACACCUACAACGUCCUUUGGAGCCCGACGAAGAUGACGAGGAGGAAGAAACCCCGCUCGCGCCCUAUCGGAAAGAGAUUUUGAAGCUGAUCUACACGAUCUCGGCGACAGAGGCAUAUACGGAGACGUUCGACGUAAGUUCGAAUUUAACCAAAAGUUGCAUAUUGGAUCUGGGUAGAUUCCUCGACCACCAACCUACAUCCACUACACCGCCUGCUUCUGGUCCCUUCGCCAGCAUCUGCGUCUUGCUAGCCAACUGCAUCAACACCACAGACCGGGCCAAGAAUCUACUUCGUGACGUCCCCGAUAUUGCUAUCAUCCUACAAACACUUUUGAUCAAGAUCUCCGACCCCGAAAUCCUCCUUCCGGCGGUCGACCUCGCGGCCCGGCUGGCGCUGUAUCGUGAAGGCCAAGACGCGUUCUGCAAAAGUCAGGGUAGCAUAUUCCUGGCGAUUGCGCAGAUCCUUCACAACAGAGCCAGCGAGGUGGACGCCACGGGCCUCGAAGUACAGCGUAACGCUAUCGCACUUGCAAGACUCCUUGUUAAGGGGCAGAGCGAAGACGUCUUUCCGAAAUUUAGCAUAGACCCGGCACAGGCUUCCCAUGAGACUGGUCUAUCAACCAUCACCAGUCUGUCCUCGGAGGUAUACAGCCUCUGGGACCGCACCACCGACGUUCAAACAAAGAUCGAAAUAGGAAGGUUAUUCAUCGAGAUGCUACGCACGAUACACGGCGCGAAAAGAGACCCAACAGGGCGAAACGCGACAUCCCCCCACGAGAAUAAGACAGAGCAUGUGCCUACUCAGCCACCCGCUUCCUCACUUACAGACGAAUUCAACCGUCUCGACAUCUCAUCCUCUAUACCUAGCGCCGGGAUCUUCAAGGACAAAGUGGCGGAGAUGAUAUGCUACACGCUCACUCAGCCUCAAGGCCCAUCUCAACCUCAAUCUCAACCUCAUACACUGGCAUCAGCGCCAGCACCAGUACAGCAACACGCCAACAAUACCAAUACCCAAGCUCGAGCUCAAGCUCAAACUCAUGCUGAAGCCGAAGCCUGGUUCGGCCUCGCCCUCCUCUCGACCAUACCCCACGCUCGAGCUUCCAUCCGCGCGACCCUCGCCCGGGACGACUUCCACAUCCUGAACCGGCUCCGGCAGAUCGUCGCAUCAGACGCCUCACCUUUGCCCCUGAUGAAGGAGGACGAAGAUAAUACCAAGCCCGCAACUCCGGCCGAUGUGGGAAGCCAGAGGCAAGUUCAACCACGGAUGCGACAAACGACCACCAGAGACCCACGGUAUGAGAACAUCAAGGUCCUUGUCGUGAAGAUGCUGCAAACGGAACAGCCACUGCCAGCGCCAGGCCCACCACGACGUCUGGACAAAGAGGAGGAGCUCGUGCAGGAGGGCCUCGAAGCUGCGGCUGCGGAAAUGGGUCUAGACUGGGUUGUUGUCUAA